AUGCGCAGCCUGGCGGUGCGCCUGCGGAGCAAGCUUUUCCUGCACGGGUUUAGAGCGUACUUCCAGAACAGUAUUCCAAGCCGGGAGUGGAUCUGUGUGGGGUCGCCUCCCUUCUCCUUUUGCGGGGCGGCGGAAGGGAAGGAGCCCGGCAUGUUUUCAGUGGGAUGACGGUAAAACGUACGACCUUUCGUUCUACACAAGCACACAACCAAAACUCCCUCCGGUGGGCGGACGUUUCCUUCCCGCGAUCCCAUUCCCGGACGCUUCGGGGCACUCAUACGCACAGGCCCCGGCGGAAGCGCCCUGAGAGGGCGGGGCGGCAUAGCGCAGGCGGCCAUGGCGGCGGGCAGCGCGGCGGAGCGGCGGAGGCGGUUGGCCCGGCUUUCGGCGUUGUCCGUGUACCGGCGGGCGGCCGGGGCCGGGCAGCCCGAGCGUCCCCGUGCAGGCGGCAAGUGGGCCAAGGCGCGGCCGAGGCGCGGCGAAGGCGGCGGCAGGGCGGGAGGCGGCGGUCCGGAGCCCAAGGCCCCGUCUGAACCGAGUGCCUCCGCUCCCGUCAGCCGCACGGAGCAGGCCAAGGCGUCGGCCCACAGCGCUGAAGCGAAGCGGCAGCGCGGCACAGCGGAAGCGGUGGGCUCGGGAGAAUGCGGCGGUGUGGCGGGACUGCUGCGGCGCCUGGGGCAGCUGGACGACAGCCGCCAGCGGGCGGCGGAGCUGUUCCGGUGGCUGCUAGCUCCGGUAUCGCCAGCGGAGUUCGUGAGGCGGCACUGGGAGCGGGCGCCGCUGCUGGUGCGGCGGAGCGAACCCGGCUACUACGCAGGGCUCUUCUCCACGGCCGAGUUCGACGCGGCCCUGCGAGGCGGCGAGGUGCACUUCGGAACCCACCUGGACGUGACCAGCUACGCCGAGGGAGUGCGGGAGACGCACAACCCAUCUGGCCGGGCUUUACCCGCAGUCGUGUGGGACUUCUACCAGAACGGCUGCUCCCUGCGGCUCCUCAGCCCCCAGACGUUUUCCGACACCGUCUGGCACUUCCUCGCCAUCCUGCAAGAGCACUUCGGCAGCAUGGUGGGGGCCAACACAUACCUCACACCACCAGGGACGCAGGGCUUCGCCCCCCACUACGAUGACAUUGAGGCCUUUGUGCUGCAGCUGGAGGGCAAGAAACACUGGCGUGUCUACAGCCCUCGGGUGGACGCUGAAGUGCUGCCCCAGUUCUCCAGUGCGAACCUCACGCAGGCUGAGCUUGGUGAACCUAUGCUGGAGACAGUGCUGGAGGCUGGGGACCUGCUGUAUUUCCCCCGUGGCUUUGUCCACCAGGGCGACUGCCUUCCUGAUGCACACUCCCUCCACAUCACUGUGUCUUCCUACCAGAGGAACUCCUGGGGGGACCUCCUGGAGAAGCUCCUGCCAGCUGCCCUGCACAUGGCCCUGGAGGAGGACGUGGAGUUCCGGCAAGGGCUUCCCAUGGACUACCUGGGAUACAUGGGGGUUGCCAACUCAGACAAAGUUGAUGCUCGCCGAACAGCCUUUAUGGAGAAGAUACAGAGCCUGAUAAAGAAACUUGUUGACUAUGCACCCAUUGAUGCUGCUGUGGAUCAGAGAGCCAAGUCGUUUCUUCAUGAUUGUCUACCCCCAGUGCUUACACAAAGUGAAAAGCUGCAGAGUAUGUAUGGCUUCCCAGCCAGGUGGCAAGACGGAGGGCCCUGUAAUGUCGAUAUUCUGAUAACAAAAGACACAGAAGUCCGUCUCCUUCACCAUGGCAUCAUUAGAUUGUGUAAUGAAGAAGCAGGGGUGAUGCUGUAUUACACGACGGAAAACUCAAGAGUGUAUCACAAGGAAGAACCCAAGUUUCUUGAGCUAGGUCCUGAGUAUGUAGACAGCAUUGAAUUUCUCCUGUCUUCCUAUCCAAACCACAUCAGUGUGGAUGCCCUUCCAUGUGAAACCUUGGAGGACAAGAUAUCUCUAGCCACACUCCUGUUUGAGAAGGGCAUUCUGACUACCAAGAAGCCUCUGGUACAAAUAUAACUCUUUUUUUUUUUUUUUUUUUUUUUAGCAAAAUAAAUAU